AGUAAAGUAAAGAGUUUGGAACAGCUAAGUAAACUAAUCUUGGUGGGAGUUCCAAGUACGAACGGGAAAAUCUCUGCGUGUUUUUAGAGGUUUCACCUUUUUGACUUGAUUUGGAAAUUUGUAGCGUUAUCAAGCAUCGGAGCAAAGUGAUUAAAAAAAGCCCUAAGUGCUCUUAAUGGCGAAUAAAAUGAAUUGGGACGUGGAAUUGGGGAACGAACUUUCUUCUCCGCACGUAAACGAACUUUUAGAAUGGUGUGGUCCGAACAAAAAAAGGUACUUAUUUUCUCAUGAGGUGUGUUCCCCCCUAAAAAAAAAAAGUUCCCCAAAAACAUUUUGGCUGGUUUGAGAAAGCAAGGAAUUUAAUAUAACGACGGAGGAUAUAAGACGGCUUCAUUGCGCUCCGGUUCUUAUCAGUGGGAUUCGGGACUUGACUUAAUAAGCAUCGUCUCUUUAUUUCGUAUUGGCAAACAACAAUCGGUGGUUAUAGUGCAAGAAACCUAUACGCUCACAGUAUCGACAUGAGAACUUGUGGAAUUGUCAAGUUUUUUAUCGCGGUUCUGUUGAUUAUUCUCCCAAUAGUCAGCGGCGAUCACGGCUUUCAAGAUUACCAGUUGAAAAUCGGAUAUGGCAUCAAAGAAUUCCGUGCACUAAAAUGGCUGAACAAAAUUAUAGGAUUAGAUAGGUGGGACAUGGACCCACCAGCACCUCAGUUCCCACCAAUCAAGAUUCACGGGAAUCCGUUCAUGGUUCCCCCAUCGCCCAUCAUCGCUCCAAUUGAAAAUCCUUCGCCAUCUCAUAAUCCGCCUGAACACAAAGACAUCCAGACGGAACAAAUAAUUGCCGAGGCUCCGCAAGUAGCAAUCCAGAAUUAUUCUUCCGCACUGCAGCAGUCACCAACUGCGUCAAAAUCUUCACUCGUCGACUCGACGGAAACGUCAUCGCCUUCCUUUUCAGGCUCAAGGCACAGCUACAAAGAUUAUCUUCACAUGAAAUGGUUUCACGGUUCACCAAAAGCCACCUACUUUAACGAGAAACCAGUUCCAGCAACAGAAAAACAACCAGACAGCAAAUCAGAACAAGUCAAUCAGCAUGAAGAAGCUGACGACUUGGAGGAUAAUUUUUCUACAGAAGAGCAGCAGCCUGCGUUAUUUUCUUUAUCGGCUGAUUCGAUCCUUUCGAGAAUGUUCAACACAAUUAAGCGAACUCUGGCCGUUCCAAGAAUACAGAAAGAAGAUAUCGGACCACUCAAGUUCUACGACGAACCUCCUAAGCCGCAAUUCUUUUCUGUUACACCAGUCGUCUAUCCUUCGCCUUACAAUCCACCACAAUCGGCUUCUCCCACGCAACCGGAUCAAGUAUUGGACUCUUUUCAACCGCCCAACUCUCAUCUAGAAAACAAUCCUUCGGUAUCAGCCUACAAUCCAGCAUUGAACAGUCAGCCAAAACAAGAAUUGGAUGCAUCGUUAACAGUAGCGGCAACGACUUUUAAACCAUCGAUUCUGGGUUAUGGUCUGUCAGAAAAGCUCGAAGAAACAUCUACCAGUGCACCGGAACUGGCCUAUGACCUGCCGAUUCCUGCUGAUAAUCAGCCAGCUGAACCCUCUGCCAACGUGCCGGAUAAAAGCCAGCCACAAACGACAAUUAGCUCUGUAGAACGGACUAACGUUCCAUUACAAACGGCUUAUACCAAACCAGUAAAACGAUCAUCGAUUGACACUUCAGUACAAUCAUCAGAAGAACAAGACUAUAACGCUUUUUUACUUGCUUAUAAACCCCAAGUUCCAACCUACGCAUAGACUUCUCCAGAAAACAUUUUCGCAAUAAUUAUUUAGUUGUAAACUUGCUUUUAUUUCUCUAUUCGCCAAGUAAGUCUAUGUUCCUAUUUCGUAAUUUUUUUGCGAUCGGUAUUA